AUGCUGAAGUAUUCCUUGUUCGUCACGCAGAUGCUGCCGUGGCUUGUUUGCCCGAUCUGGAACGCAGGCCAGUUCAUCGCGCCACAACAUGACUCAGCGGACACGACCCAAUUCCUGCAUAGCAGCCACGAUUGGCUGCCGCAAAUCACGACGACAUCGACGUCAUCAGCAGCUGGACUACAUAAGCAACAACGGGACAAGCAGGACUUGAGAGGGCCCGGCAUCCACGCAGCAGCCAAGAUGCUGAAGUAUUCCUUGUUCGUCACGCAGGUUAGUUACAUGUCAAAUGCACAUGAGUUCCGUAGUGACUGUAGAUUUUUGUUUGUCCUGCCGGGUCCUCAAAAGUGCCAUGAAAUUCUGUCAGAAUGUUGGGAUGUUGUGGUAUUGUUCUGUAAAUGGCAACUUUUACUGUCCGGAGACGUAGAGGAAAACCCUGGGCCUGACGGAAACGUUGAGGAUAUGGUACGCCAGAUUUUAUCUAACCAGAACCGAAUUGCUGAGGACAUAAAAGAAAUCAGAACAAACCAAGAGAAUAUGAAAGUUAACCAGUCACGCCUAGAAGCUAGUGUAAAUGAGAUUAACAGUAAAAUCAACAAAAUUGAGAUCACAAUGAAAACUGUUCAGGCUCUGAAUGAAAACGUAAAAGAAAUUGAGAAGAAGGUUCAAAGCCUCGAGAAAACGAUAGAAUAUCAGAACGACCGAUUGACUGACUUCGAGAACCGAAGCCGCAGGAACAAUCUGCUAGUAUUUGGAAUACCAGAAGUAGACAAAGAAAGUGAAGAUGAUCUGAAAAAGAAGGUGAUAAAAGAACUAUUUGAGAUUAAACUUGGUGUUCAAAUCGCGUCCCUUGAAAGGAUUCACAGAGUGGGAUAUAAACGAAACGAAUCAUGCAGGCCAGUCAUAAUAAAGCUGUUUAAUUAUAAUGAAAAGUUAGCCGUGCUAAAGAAUUGCAGAAAGUUAAAAGGGACGAAGAUUAGUGUAAGUAGCGACUAUGCCAGAGAGACCCGAGAAAAACGUAAGAAACUAUGGAACUCUGCCUCGGAAAACAAAGCCAAUGGGGAUGAAGUGUUUCUAGUGCAUGACAAACUCAAAAUUAAUAAUCAGACCUUUGAAUGGGAUCUGAAGCAGGAUCAACGAUUCCCUACAAGAAUCCACAGUGCAAGGGGCGAAUGACUUGAUAACCAAGCGAAUGUUCCUGCAGAAUUAAGAGUAAUCAAUCUAAACGCACGAAGUAUACUGAAUAAAGUUGCCGACCUGGAAAGUAUAUUGCUGUGUCAAUCCCCGCACAUUGUUAUCAUGACAGAAACAUGGCUUACAUCGGAUGUAAAGAGUGACUGUGUCAUUCCCCCAAACUACAAAUUAAUAAGAAAAGAUAGGGCUUCUCGUGGAGGUGGCGUUGCUAUCGCUGUUAAGAUUAAUAUGCAAUGUGUAGUCUUAGAUCAUUGUUUGGAUGAUAUGCUGUUUUGUAAAAUAAAAUAUGGUGAUUUAUCUUUUCUUGUCGUCGCAGCCUACCGUGCCCCGAACAGCCCUAUUAGGUUUCUUGAGGAUUUGGAUGUUGUCCUUAAUACAUAUGCUAAUGAUAAUACGAGAAUAGUAUUGGCAGGUGACUUUAAUUUACCUCAUGUUAACUGGGACCUUUUGCAUGCUGGAAGUGUGGACAAAGCAAAUUGUGAAAAAAUGCUUGAGAUUGCCUUCGGCCACAGUAUUACCCAAGUGGUUAAGGACUUCACUAGAGUAACCGAUACUACCCAAUCUGUGCUGGACUUAAUUUUUUUAAGUGAUAAUAUUGCUGACUAUAAGGUAUCUGUGGUUGAUGGCAUAUCUGACCAUAAGAUGGUUUUAUUGACUAUAAAAUGUGACAAAACAGCUGUGACUUCUGUGCCGUGUAGACUCAUAUACAAGGACUUUGAAAGUGCCGACGACACAAGUAUUAUUGACUAUUUAGAACUAUCGUUUAAUUCGUUUGAAUUAUUGUGCCACAGUGGUGAUGUUCAGAGUGCAUGGAACUGCUUCAAGGAGAUAGUUUUCUAUUGCAUUAAUAAAUAUGUACCGAACAGGAUAAAAAAGACGAAAAGAAAUAAUCCGUGGAUCACAAGAAAUAUAAUACACAUUAAACGCAGACUGAAAAGGUGUAGAAAAAAGAACGGUAACAGUGUUAAUAUGAGACAAUUAAGUCAACAACUUAAAGAUAUGGUGAAAGCCUCUAAACACAGUUACUACACAGUAACGCUUCAAAACUUUCUAAAAAACAGCCCCCAAAAAUUCUGGCGACAUCUAAAUCCAAAAAAAGAAAGCAUAGAGCAGAUCACAUUAGACGGAAGGGUAAUAACUGACACCAGUGUACUAGCAGAUAGCUUCAAUUUGUUCUUCCAGUCGGUAUUCACACGCGAGGCACAGCACGAAAAUAACGAGAACAAUGGGGAAAAACUGACGGAGCAAAAUGCACGCAAUGACAGUGAUAUAAAUGCAAGGUCAGGAUUUGAGCAAGGUUAUGAUACCGUACACACUAUGCCAGAAUUGAUAAUAACAAAAGAAGGAAUCUUAUCAAAGUUGUUAGACCUUGACACAAAAAAAGCGUUUGGCCCCGAUAAGAUACCUAAUAUGUUCUUAAGGCGGUACGCCGAAUGGAUGUCGUUUUAUCUACAUUGCUUAUUUGUGAGUUCAUUGCAGUCAUCGCAACUUCCCACGGACUGGCGUUGUGCACGAGUCGUUCCAAUCUUUAAAGCAGGAGACAAGCUGACCAUAGACAAUUACAGACCGAUUUCCCUAACAUCCGUAGCUUGCAAAGUUAUGGAACAUAUAAUAGCCAAACACAUAUUACAUCACCUCGAUACUAAUCAGUUGCUUUAUUCCAAACAACAUGGGUUCCGCUCUGGACUGUCAACAGUAACACAACUGGUUGAAACGGCUCAUGACAUGGCAUCCAUAUUAAAUGACAAACAGCAACUGGAUGUAAUUUCUAUAGACUUUUCUAAAGCCUUUGACCGGGUGCCACAUAGGAAGCUUUUGUCAAAACUCAAAACUUUCGGAAUAGAGCCAAUGAUAAUAAAUUGGAUAAAUUCUUAUUUAACAAAUCGAAGUCAAAGUGUUGAAAUUAACGGGCAUGUUUCAAAUUCCCUUCCGGUAUAUUCGGGUGUACCGCAAGGUUCUGUUUUAGGGCCCCUACUGUUUUUGAUGUACAUAAACGACAUAGCACACGGAACACCACCACAUAUUCAUAUUAGGCUUUUUGCAGAUGAUUGCAUCAUUUAUUCAGCAAUUAAAUCUCAGGAUCAACAAAGAGCUCUAAAUGACUAUCUGGAUCAUAUAGAAGAAUGGUGCGACCACUGGGAUAUGAAAAUAAACUUUACUAAAUCUGUAUAUUGUCACAUAACUAAAAAACGGAGCACACUUCCAUUUCAGUACUGCAUUGGAAAUACAGAACUGGGCAAUGUGGAAAGUUUCAAGUACCUCGGCGUUACUUUUACGAGAGAUUUAACCUGGUCUAAACACAUUGACAAUAUUUGUUCAUCGGCAUAUAAAAAGCUUUGUUUUCUUAGACAUAAAUUAAAACACGCAACAAAAGAGAUAAAGACAGUAGCUUACAAAACAUACGUUAGGCCCAUCCUGGAAUAUGCUAGUGUCGUGUGGGACCCUUACACAAAGAAAGACAUUGAGAGUUUAGAAAAAGUUCAACGACAAGCAGCACGUUUUAUUCACUGUAACUAUAGACAGACGGCAUCCCCAACGGAAAUGCUCCGAAAUAGCAAUCUAGAGCCCUUGCACAUAAGACGAGAAAUCGCACGCUUGAAAUUGCUCUUUCUAAUAAUUAACGACAAAUUGAACUUAAGUUCAAGUAAAUACGUUCUUCCCUCAAGUUCAAAACGAUCCAGUAGAUUAAACCAUACAAAAACGUGCCAAACUUUCAAAAGUAGAAUUGAUACGUUUAAACAGUCAUUCUUUGUUAGAACAAUCGAAGCCUGGAAUCAAUUGCCCAGCGAGAUUGUAAAUAUUGAAACGGUGUCUUCCUUUGAGCAGUCUAUCGCACAGUUGUUAAGCCAAUAGGAGCAUAAACAGGACAUUUGAAGGGUGAAAACUGUUGUUGUUGUUGUUGUUUUAAUACUAUGUAGAAUGUCAUAUUUUUUCUUGUUUCUUCCAAAAAGAGUUGUGUCUGCUGGCUUUUUCCUUGUAAAUUCCGCGGCUUUUUUGUGUAUGUAAUUGUAUUGUUAUAAAAUUCUCCCUGUAAUGACCCUCAAGUGAGGGCCGACAGUAUUUCCAAAUAAAUAAAAAUAAAAA